GGAUCAGACACAUCCAAAGGGAGGUAGAAUUUGUAGAAAAAAUGGAGGGUAGAAAAGAAAACUGAGGGGAAGAGAGAGCAAAAUCAUUGACCUGUACUUGGUUUUCUGAGCCCUCUUUAAUACUAAAGAUCUUAAUAUCUGGAAAUUCUGGCAUAAGCCAAAAUAGAAAGCAGAGAUUAUUUUUCUGGGCAGUUGUAAACCUCCUACAUUCAUGCCCAUGGGGACUUAUGGAAAGCAACUGGCCUAGAACAAAAAGAGACCUAAAUAUUUAUUGCCUCUAUUUCUUCAUAGUGUCUUGUAUAAACUUCCAAAGGCUUUUAUGUUGAUAAGCCAUCUCUGACUGUGUCUACUAAUACGACAUACAUUCCAGCAUUAUCCCUGUAUCCUGACUGUAUCUUUACUAGGGUAUAAUCAGAUCAUGGGCAGAAGAAUCGAAGGGCUGAGAUUUGUCAUGGUUAAAUAGGAGGAUUAGAGGGAGAAAACCAGUUAAUUUGAUUUCUACUUUUCAGUAGAAGCAAAAUGUAAAUAGUAGGUACUCUAUCCUUCAUAAAUGAACCCAUUUCCCCAUUCAUUAGAUACAACUCCAUUGGCAUUUUAGGGAAUCGACAUUGGAAGGACACAAGAAAGGUCAGCUAGAUUAAGUAGUCAUUAUUAUGCAAAGCCAUAUCCAGGGACCAAGGUGUGAAGCAGAUUUGCUACCCACCCCUUCCCUCAUCUUCCUGCCUCCUUCUCCCGUUUUACUCCUGUUUAUGCACCCACCUCUGUACCCUACCCCAAGCAUGCCAUACCCUUCUGAAGUAAUUAUUAUAAAGCCCCCAUCCAAGCAACACUUCCAUGAUAGGACUUAACUUUUCAAUAUGUCCUUCAUGCCUAUCUAAAACAAAAGCCCUGUACCUCAUGAAGCUAUUUGUGGUUAAUCAAUUCAAAGACAAAUCAGUGAAUUAAUGUACAUUAGAAGAAAAAAUAUAUACAUAUGUGUGUGUGUGUGUGUGUGUAUGUGUGUCUCCCAUGAGCUCUUUCUAAAAUACUCUAGAGUUACCAUUAUUCCGUUUAAAUUUACUUCAAAACAGAUGUUUGUAUUCUUGAAAGCUAUGCCUAGAGCCGAUUUGUGUGUGCUCACUGGAAUGACUCUCAUGGUAACAAUUUCAAACUUUGCAGUAGGCAAGUAAGGGAGAAGUAUUGAGGUAGGAGGAGGAAGGGAAAGACUGAAGCCCUAUCAUGCUGGUGGAAAGCUUCUGUGGCUCUGCAGAAAGCCAGGCCCAACCGGAAGUGAUGUGACAGGUUCUUAGAUAAAAGUGUUCAAUAAAAGUGUACUGCAUAAGCAGGUUUUAUGAGCAGUUUAUCUAAGAAAAGAUUGCCAAGAGAAAGAUUUCUCUCCAGUGCAAGGGUUAUUUAAGGAAGCAAAGCUUCUCAUGAAACCAGAGAGAAGGUGCACUAUUAGAUUGAUGACUUUGGAGGAGAGAGCCUGGGAAAGACCCUUGCUGACUGAGCUGAGAAUUAUCGAAACAGUUGUAGAUCAUGAUAAACAAAUGCAAUUUUUCAAGAAUGAAAAUGUUAGGUCCCCAGAGAGAGCGAGGUUAAUAAACUCUGUGUCUUCAGAUAUCCUUUUUGGCCCAAUGAUUAUUGAUAUUAAGAUAACAGACCCUUGUUCAUUUUGGGAACUGCGUCUAUAGGUCAGAGAAAAUGGAAAUCUUAAGAUUGACCCAGUCAAAAAGAAACAUUAUCAGUUUGAACAUGGACCUUGAAAGGGAUAUGCAGAGACUAGAUGAAGCAAAUCAGGAACUUCUUCUCAAAAUCCAAGAGAGAGAAGAUAGGAUUCAGAGUUCUGAAACUGCCAAACAUGGGUCCUCACAGCAUACAUUUGUGUUGUCAAGGCUGGAAAGUGAGACCACUCAGAUGGGAGACCUGGUGGAAGAUGAAGAGUGGGAGAAGGAGAACUGCACCAUGAUGGAAAGGGAAAGAGCCUUACAGGAGCUGGAGGAAGAAACGGCCAGACUUGAAAAGAAGAAUGAAACGUUGGUCCACAGUAUAACAGAACUUCAACGAAAGCUUACAAGGAAAUCACAAAAGAUAACCAAUUGUGAACAAAGUACUCCAGAUGGAGCCUCAGAAGAGAUAAAGGUUAAGUUACAACAGCUGGAAGCUUCCUGCGCACGCCAAGAGAAGGAGCUGCUCAAGGUAAUGAAGGACUAUGCAUUUGUGACCCAGCUCUGUGAAGAUCAAGCCUUCUGCAUAAAGAAGUACCAGGAAACGUUGAGGAAAACAGAAGAAGACCUAGAGGCUCGGUUCCUUGAGAGAGAAACAUCAAAACUCGUGAGCAUGAACUCUGUGGAAAAAGAGCAUACCAGCCAAAAUAACGAGGGUAUGCCUACCCAUAAGACAGCAGUAUUAUUCAGUAAAAAGAUUUUUUGCUGUCUGUUUUUCAUCACCCUGUUUUUCAUCAGACUGCUGAGCUACAUGUUUUUUCAUGUAAGAUUUAUAAAUCCAGAUCUCCUUAUCAAUGUACUGCCCAGGGUACUGAGCAGGAGCAUCUUGUGGAAGCUCAGAUGCAUCUUCUUUCCAUCUCUCACACUUGAGACAGAGGACAUGUUACCCCACUGAUCCCAAAGAAAUAUCCUUGAGCAACAGAAGGGAAGUGGGAUCCUAGUGUGUAGAAAGAAGGCAGGAAACUUGUGGAGGAAAGAGGUUUACUUCAGUUUUUUCCUCAAGGUUUGCCCACUUGACUACCUUCUCUCUCCAUGUUAUUUAUCCAAGAUUAACCUCGCUCAGUAAAAAGCUCUGUAAUA